UCAAAAUUCAAAUUUACAAUAACGUUUUUAGCGCCGAUUCGCAAUUCGUUAUUUGUGAGAGAGUAUUUCAGAUCUGCCUUCAAAAAGGUUCGUCAAAGCAUUUUAUCAACAUGGAAACAUGCAAAAAACCUUUACAGGAAAAAAGCAUGAAUGAAAUGGCAGGCAAAAAUAACACAAACAAAAGACUUUCUGUGGAAAGAAUAUAUCAGAAGAAAACCCAAUUAGAACACAUUCUCUUACGUCCAGAUACUUACAUUGGCGCUGUUGAUCAAUUAUCACAACCUAUGUGGGUCUGGAAUAAUGGAAAUUCUUGCAUGCUGCAGAAAGAAAUUUCCUUUGUCCCUGGAUUAUACAAAAUUUUUGAUGAAAUACUAGUGAAUGCAGCUGACAACAAGCAAAGGGACCCCGAAAUGUCGUAUAUUAAAAUUUCCAUUGAUGCCAAGAAUAAACGAAUCAGUGUUACAAACGAUGGCAAAGGCGUUCCAGUUGAGAUGCAUAAAGAUGAAAACAUGUAUGUUCCGAGCAUGAUUUUUGGACAUUUGUUAACAUCGAGUAACUAUGACGACAGUCAGAAAAAGGUCACCGGCGGUAGAAAUGGCUAUGGUGCAAAGUUAUGUAACAUCUACAGCACUGAAUUCACUGUCGAGACAGUUUGCAAUGGAAAACAUUUCAAACAGACGUGGAGGAAUAAUAUGAGCAAGGCAGAAGAUCCCAUUGUCGAAGCAACUGAUGAGAAGGACUUCACAUCAAUUACGUACUGUCCGGAUCUAGAGAAAUUCAAAAUGAAAAAAUUAGAUGAUGAUACUGUUUCUUUGCUUACAAAGCGGGCGUACGAUAUCGCCGGUUGUGUACGUGGUAUCGACGUUUAUUUGAACAAGAAAAAAUUGCCGAUAAAAAAUUUCAAAGACUAUAUUGAGCUUUAUCUCAAAAACAAGACAGACGAUGAGGAAGAAAAUGUGAAGGUUGUUUAUCAAAAAAUUAGUGAUCGCUGGGAAGUGGCUCUUGCCCCUAGUCACCACGGCUUUCAACAAGCUAGUUUUGUUAACAGUAUUGCUACAACUAAGGGCGGGACACAUUUGAGGUAUAUUGUUGACCAAUUAAUAAAAAAACUUAUGGUCGCAAUACGAAAAAAAUGUACGAAGGAAUUUGUUCCGUUAAGACCUCAUAACAUAAGGAAUCAUCUUUGGGUGUUCAUCAACUGUUUGGUGGAGAAUCCAGCUUUCGACUCUCAGACUAAAGAAAAUAUGACACUUCGAUCUAGGGAUUUUGGUUCUGAGUGUGCUCUAAAUGACGCGUUUAUAAAACAGGUGAUGCAGAGCGGUAUCGUCGAAUACGUCAUACAUGAUAUUCAAAGACAGAGUGAGAAUAAAAUGACUAGAAACAGUGGCGCCAAGACAACGAAGUUAAAAGGAAUUCCAAAACUCGACGACGCUAACGAUGCUGGGGGAAAGAACUCCAUAAAGUGUACCCUUAUUUUGACCGAGGGAGAUUCCAACAAAAUCAGUGGUCUUAGUGUAGUUGGUCGCGAUCGUUAUGGUGUGUUUCCUUUACGAGGAAAAUUGCUCAAUGUAGAAGCUUCCGGUAAACAGUUGUCGGAGAACAUCGAAAUUAAUCACAUCCUCAAGAUCGUGGGUCUGAAAUACGGCAAAAAGUAUGAGACCGAAGAGGAUAUGAAGAGAUUGCGUUACGGUCGUCUGAUGAUCAUGACUGAUCAAGACCAGGAUGGGUCUCAUAUCAAGGGUUUACUCAUCAAUUUUAUACAUCACAACUGGCCUGAACUUUUAAGAUUGCCGUUUCUUGAGGAGUUCAUAACACCAAUAGUUAAGGUAUCAAAAGGCAAAACAACGAUUGCUUUUUAUAGCAUUCCUGAGUUCGAGGAAUGGAAGGAAAACACGCCCCAUGUUAGUUCGUGGAAUGUGAAAUACUACAAAGGUUUGGGUACGAGUACACCGAAGGAGGCCAAAGAAUAUUUUGCUGAUAUGGAGAGACAUCGCAUCUUGUUUGAUUAUUCCGGUGUCACUGAUGAUCAAGCUAUUGAUCUCGCGUUUAGCAAGAAGAAGAUCAGUGAACGCAAGCAAUGGUUGACCGAUCAACUAGAGGAAAGAAAAACUCGAAGGGAGGCAGGCUUACCUGAGUUGUAUUUGUAUGGUCCCAAUACUAGACAAAUAACAUACACAGACUUUGUGAAUAAAGAGUUGAUUCUCUUUUCCAAUGCUGACAACGAACGAUCUAUACCAUCAGUGGUUGACGGUUUAAAACCGGGUCAGCGCAAAGUGCUAUUUACCUGCUUCAAGCGAAACGAUAAACGCGAAGUGAAAGUUGCUCAGUUAUCGGGAUCAGUUGCUGAGCUGUCGGCAUAUCAUCAUGGCGAGCAAAGUCUUGUCAUGACAAUCGUAAACUUGGCCCAGAACUUUGUCGGUAGCAACAAUUUAAAUCUGUUGCUACCUAUUGGUCAAUUUGGCACACGAAUUCAUGGUGGAAAGGACGCCGCCAGCGGCAGAUAUAUAUUUACCAAACUCAGUCCUCUUGCACGGCUUGUGUUUCCCAAACAUGACGAUCACAUCCUUCACUUUCUCGUUGAGGACAAUCAAAUGAUCGAGCCCGAAUGGUAUUGUCCUAUCAUUCCUAUGGUGUUAGUUAAUGGUGCCGAUGGUAUUGGGACCGGUUAUAGCACAAAAAUACCCAACUUUGACGUCAGGCAACUCGUACAGUACGUGAGGGAUGUAAUAGAAGAUCGCCAAACCGAAACACUGCAUCCAUGUUAUAAGAACUUUAAAGGAGAAAUCAGACAAACGGAUCCACAAAAGUAUGUAGCACGUGGUAUUGCCGACGUCGUUGACGAGAAAAGUAUUGAAAUUACCGAGCUUCCUAUUGGAACGUGGACACAACCGUACAAAGAAAACGUUUUGGAAUCGAUGUUGCAUGGCAGUAAUAAAAACAAGGCUUGCAUUAGCAACUACAAGGAGUACAACACAGACACAACAGUGGAGUUCUUGCUAGAAAUGAACGAUGAAAAUAAAAUAGCAACGAUGACCGAGUCCAUUAUGAAGAAAUUUAAUUUGUUGUCGUCUAUUAAUCUGACCAACAUGGUGUUGUUUGAUUCCUACGGCAGGAUAAAGAAGUAUGAAACCGUUGACGAUAUCAUCCGAGAGUAUUACGAAGUUCGCUUAGAGUGUUACGUAAAGCGCAAGGAUUUCCUUGAAGGAAUGCUUGAUGCCGAAGCUAAAAGACUGACUGCCCAGGCAAGAUUUAUUUUAGAAAAGAUUAAAGGUGUUAUUGUUAUUGAAAACAAGAAAAAAGCUGAAAUAGUUGCGAAACUCGUCCAGCGAGGUUAUCCAUCCGAUCCAGUGAAGACGUGGAAAGACAGUGUGAAGAAGCCAACAUUGGCCGUUGUAGAAACUGAUGCUCCAGAGUCUGAGAGCGAAGUCAGCUCGGUUAGUUCGGCAUCGAACAUUUCUUCUGGGCCUGAUUACAGUUAUCUUGUGAGCAUGGCCAUACUUAGUCUUUCCGAAGAAAAAAAAGACGAACUGUUAAAGCAAAGAGAUGAUAAGAUAUCUGAACUGGCUGCGCUGCGCGAAAAGGCGCCUAAGGAUUUGUGGCUGGAAGAUCUUGACGCAUUUCUUGAAGAACUCGAAAUUGUCGAGAACAAAGAACGUGAGGAUGCUGAAGCUGCUGCGGCGAAAAAAGCAAAAGACGAAUCAAAGAAAAACGAAAAGAAAACCGGCAAAAAAAAAGCAGCCGCUAAAUCGAAAAAAUCAAAAACUAUCGCGGAUUCGGAAAAUGACGAUUGGGAUUUUAGCAAUGAAAGUGACAACAUUUUAUCUUUAACCGAGCGCUUAGGAUUAAAAAGAUUUGAGGAGACCUCGGACACGAGCUCCGUGAGCAGCAAGAAGUCAAAAUCAAGUAAAAGCAAGACGAAAUCUGCGGACAUUACUUCAUUCAUGGAGAAAGCGAGCAAGCCUAAAGAGGACACUGUGUCAUCUUCCACUAAAGCUAAAGUUAAAAAGCUCAUGUCUCCUUCAAAACGGAAUGCAACCAGGGGGGUGUGGAUCGUGGAUGAUGACUCUGACACAUCUACCGCUAGCAACGUCGUCGUAAAGGCAUCAAAAGGAAGGAAGAAUGCAACCAGGGGGGUGCAGGACGUAGAUGAUGACUCGGACACAUCUACCGCUAGCAACGUUGUCGCAAAAGCAUCAAAAGGAAGGAAGAAUGCAACCAGGGGGGUGCAGGACGUAGAUGAUGACAUUGACACAUCUACCGCUAGCAACGUUGUCGCAAAAGGAAGGAAGAAUGCAACCAGGGGGGUGCAGGACGUAGAUGAUGACAUUGACACAUCUACCGCUAGCAACGUUGUCGUAAAAGCAUCAAAAGGAAGGAAGAAUGCAACUAAGAGGAAGGUCGUAGAUGAUGACUUGGAGUUGUCCGACAAUGACUACGAAAAAGUAAAGCCAUCCAAAAGGAAGAAGAAACUUGCAAAGAAAGAUGUCGUGGAAAUCGACUCUGAUCAAUCUGAACCAACUAGUGCGCCUGUUUCAUCCAAAACGUCAAAGCCACGAGCAAAGAAGUCUAAAAGAACAACCAACACAAAGUCAACGCCACCCAAGAGACGUGUUGUUGCUUCAAGUAGUGAUGACGACGAUGUUGUCGUGAAUGUUGACAACUCGUCACCGGUUAAACGACCUUCCCGACGUCAAAACACUGCUAAAAAAUAUAACUUUGAUGACGAAGAUGAAAGCGAGGAGGAUAAUGUAUCAAAUGCAGAGGAUGAUUGGAUGGAGGAUAAUGAUGAUAGUGAUUUUGACUUGUGAUCUUAAUGAAGCCACUGAGCUCCUAUCGAACAUGUUUAUGAAAGUUGUUUAUUCCGCGAAUCUAAUGAAAAUCGCGGUUUGAUGUUUUUACUUUCACUUGCAUUGAAGCGUACUGCACGAUUCAAUUUAUCAUUUAUACAGGGGGAUAGGUGUAUAAACUCAGUUCUUACCUUUAACAAAUACGUUUAUAAGUAUCCUUUUAUUUGUUUAUAGCUUUAUGUAUAUUACAUUUAGGGCUUAUACAUAUCCUUAUAAAGUCAAACUGUACAAAUACAUAAACAUUUAAUUUUGCUUC